AUGGAUAACGUAGAGAAGCUGUCAGAGUUGUCAAACUGUGCGGACUCUGUACAUACGCACCCUGUGAAUGCCUAUCAGCAUUUUGUCAACGCUUUUGGAUAUAUCAAUAACAGUUACGGUAGGCAAGAUGCUGUGAGGAAGGCGCAGGAGGUUUGGAAGGUUGGGAGUGAUGAGAAGAAGGAUUACAUUUUGAAAGAAGCUUUUCGCAAGAUAGAGAUGACGACGAAGAGAAAAAUUACGUCGUACUUUAGACAGGAGUCAAAGAAGUCGUCUGACGUUCAGACCGCUGCCAACGUGCCAUCUGUUGACUUCAGUGAUUCGCCCAUUCAGUGUCCUUUCAAACGCCUAAUGAAAGUCGAUGAAUCCAGCCUUUUGACGGUAGAUGUUACCUCCCACACUGAGUUCAUGAGGGAACUCUCACUGGUGGCUGAGGCUUUCAAAGACUACUACCAGUUGGUUACGCUGUGGAAACAGAAUCAGAGUUUUGUGAAGCGUGAAUCAAAGGUAGCAAGGUUAACUGAAGCUGCUGAGAAGAGGCUUUCAGAUUUGAAAGAUGGCUUGUUACAGUUGGCACAGCUGAAAGUGACAGUUACCAGUCUUUCUGCUCAAUUAAGAUCAUGCCAUGAAAAGCUGGCAGAAAUUACGUCUUUGCUGCCUGUUCUCCUGGAGGCAAAGUUCUCACUGGAAAGAUGCAUUCCAUGCCUAUACGAUAGCACUCGAGCUCAAAAACCGAGGAAGUUGAAUAAGCUGGCAGGCUCUGGGGAUUACCAGCUAUGUGCUAGUAAUUCUAUUCAUUUCUCUUGGGAAGCUAGUCUUGACAGCCUCUCUAUAAUUGAGCAUUCAUCCUUUGUUCCGAAACCUCUCAAUUUGGAGCAGCUGCUGAUGUUUCCUUCUAAAGGACAGUUGUCAUCGCCUUGGGAUGGGAGGUAUACCAGGCGAAGUCAUAUGCCAGCAGUAUGGCAUAGAAAGAGAUGACAAUGUGAAACUGAAGAUGGUCAUUGAUCAGCUUGUCGAGAGUUUUCCUGUGCUCUUAAUUAAAUCGAUGCACACAUUCAUCUUGCUAGAUUAUACUGAGCUCUUGUUUCGGCCUGGACUUGUUCAUGAGCUUGUAACGCUUGACCAAGACUCUACACAAGGUCCAUCGGAAGACACCAAAGUUGCAGAAGAGUUACCAAACAAAGAGGGGAUCUUCUAUUACACAAAGACUGGCCCUACCCCUCUGGAGGAGAGAUAUCCUCAGCUGUUAACAGUGAUAAUGGAUUUCAUCCAGUUGCAUGGGUUUGCAGCCCAUGUGCGUCGACGCAGUACAACUGCUACCUCUUGCGGUGUUCGCAUUGAGGAUAUCCGGAAGCAUGUUAUGCAGAA